AUGGAGAAGAAAAACGAUCCUAGCGAAUUGAAUCGUCCCGACGCGAUUAUGGAGCCGAAUAUUGAUGAAGUUGUUGAGGCUUGCUUCGAGCAGGGACAAACAUUGGAACAGAUUUCGGACCAACUGGCAAAAACUUAUAUUGGAUCGGCGCAGGUCUGUAAUGUUUUGUGUGGGAUGCUCGAUGAGCUUGGCGAUAAAGUUGCUGGAAACCGUCGUCGAAAGAAGAAGCAGAACGUUGAAGAAGAAACGUCUGUAGAAGUAUACAACGGAAGAGAGGAAUCGGAAAAGGCGGUCGAAGAAGCUUUCACGAACUUGCUUCUUAAAAAGUAUAAGCCCGAGUUGGCUGAUCGGCUACUUGAAGAAGGAAAAGAGGACAUUGAAUGGCUUUCGGAUAUGAUUUGUCAUAAACGUUGGAGAGAAUUCUUUUACAAACUGAUGUCGAAAUACGAGAACAGCGAUAUGCUGAAAUUUGUGGUGAAACUCAUCUCGGACGCCGGAUAUCGAACAGAAAUGACAACCGUGAACAAUGCAACGCAACAAUUCAGCAUCUUCUCGCGUGUUCUUCUUGUCACCUUGGAAUCGUGUUUAGUGGCGAAUAAAAAAGGAGGAGUUAAUUCGGAAGCAUUCACCAAAGCCAUGGACAAAUUUAAGAGAAUUGCUCUACAAGGGAUUCACACUUAUCUAUAUACAAUGUUUCUUCUUACGAAAGUUGGUGAGCAGAAUGGUGGUUGGGUUCGAGCGGCUUGUGAAUAUUUUGCGGACGAAUUGCGCGAAGCAAUCCCAAAAUCGAGAUUAUACGAAGCAAGUGUGAUUCGUCUACGACUGGUCAAUCCUGUUUUCUUUAAGGAAGACAAUCAAUUCUCUUGUAAAAUUCUUCAAUUGGCUACUCAUGGAGACAUGACCGUUGCUGAUGCAAAUCAAAUAUAUGAGCAAAUUACUCAAGAAGAACCUCCACCAAUAUCGAUUUUGCGUGAUCCGAUUGUCUUCGAUUUCCUUAUUGAUCAACUUUUCCAUUGUGACGGUGUCAAAGUGGACGAAGAAAUGAAAAUGAAGUUCAUUUAUCUUCUCGCAUACUAUAGUGCGGCUGAUGAAGAUCCGGUUACUGGAGAACAUGAUACGGAAGAUGUAGAAGAAGUUCGGUGCGAAAUCGAAAAUUGUCUUUCAUAUUUAGAGGUCGAGGAUAGUCUUUUCGUUCUACUUUCGCAUUUUCUGGCUUCAUUGGAGACCGAGGUUGUCGCUUGCGGAUUGGUUCAUUAUAUUCGAACAAUGCUCCUGGCAGAGUUUCGAAUUGGCGACGUCAGCGAUGCCGCUUUUGUGAUUCUUGAUAAUAUUUGUACUCAACAUCAUCUUCUUCGAAGCGAGGUUUUUGAAAUCUAUUGUGAUUAUUUUGACAAAAUAUCGAAUGAAGCAACUCUCGCGGAGGUUAUUAUGGAGCGUGAGAGACUAAUUAUGGAUAGAUUAGUGCAUUUGUUAUCUGUUGGAGAACCGAUAAUGGUCUUAGAGCGAUUGAAAACUCUUUUAGAGGAUAAUUCGAUUGAUUCCUCUUUGGUCCGCUAUUUUGUUACCGAGGUAUCAUUCCUAGUUCAAUUCGUGAGCACACUUCAUGUUCGCAUUGUAAUGCAAAAUAGUAUUCCGCAAAUUGUCGCAGACGAUAUUGAAUUUAAAUAUGAUAAGCUUUUAUUCAACAAAAUUGGAUUUGGUGGCUACGCAAAUGUUUAUCACAUAUUCUGCAAGGAAAAGGAUGCUGCUUGCAAAAUUAUUAAAUGCAGUCCAUUAGAGAAUCGCUCGCGAACUCGCGGACUGAGUCUUGACAGUUUGGUUCAGCAGCUGAAAAACAAUCAAAUUGCCAUUUCUUCAUCUGUAUUUUUUGAUUGGAGUAGACAAAUUCUAAACGGAAUGUUGACAAUAUCAAAGACCCAUAUUCACCGAGAUUUGAAAACUCAAAAUAUUUUAAUAAAAGAACGUGUUUGCUGUUGCCCUCUCCCAGAGUACAAAUAUGCGGAAUUUGUUGAUAAGAAAUGUAUAAUAUGCACAAAUUGUGAAGGGGUCUCACCGAGCACAAUUACAUUGAAAAUAUGUGAUUUCGGUGAAUGUGUGUCGAAAAAGAAAGUGGAAAAGAGCCCAUGUGGAACGACGCAAUUCUUGGCUCCAGAAGCACUUAAAAAGUACGAAUAUUCGGAGAAAAGCGAUGUAUACGCUUUCGGAAUGGUUCUUUACGAAAUCAAAAAUGAUGUUCCGUUCAGAAAUAUGAAUCAACAUCAGAUUCUGUUCACGGUAACCCAUCCCAACUUUACUCUAGACGUUGACCAUUUAAACAGUUCUAAAAUUUCUGAGAUUAUAGCAAAAUGCAUUAAAAGAGAUCCGUCAGAUCGUCCUACGUUUGAAGAAUUGAACACGAUGGUUCAGAAAAACUGUUCACAUUAUUCGUAUAUUCAACUUGCUGACUGUUAUAGUCGGAUUGGAAAGGAUCGAAUUCAAAAAAUGUCGACGUCUACUCAAUUUACAAGCUUCGGCGAUUCGGAUUCCGACGAAGAUUCCCGAAAUGUUUCUUCUGAUUUAUCAUCUAUAGAUAUUUAUAAUGAAAUACCAUUUCAUCGGUAUUGUGAAAAUCUUGGGUUCAGAUCCAGCUCCGACUAUAAUGAAAAUCCAGAAGAGCAUUUAUUCAUCAGCGAGAAUCGCGUCAAUUUCGCGAUGGAGAAAAAGAAAAAGUAA